ACUUCCCGCGGCUCUACUUCCUGCAUGUGCCGACAACAUGGCGGCGCCUAUAGCGAUUCACCUGGAGUUUGGAGGAGGAGCAGAGCUGCUUUUCAAUGGAGUGAAGGAGCACCAUGUGACUCUUCCAAGCCAAUCAGAACCAUGGGACGUGAAGCAGCUGCUGGUCUGGAUCCAACGGAACCUGCUGAAGGAACGGCCUGAACUCUUUGUCCAAGGAGACUCUGUGAGACCUGGGAUUCUGGUCCUUAUCAAUGAUGCAGACUGGGAACUAAUGGGGGAGCUGGAUUACCAACUACAAGACCAAGACAACAUUGUGUUUAUUUCUACUCUUCAUGGUGGAUAGAAAAUGAGUGGGGAAUACCAACACAUCCUUGACUUCUCUGUAACCCCCUUUUUGUCCACAUCCUCUCCACUCUUCACUCCCAGCCCCCCCCCCCAACUCGCACAUCUCAACAACAAGUCACCCCAUUGGACGCUGUGAACGUGUCAACCUGCACCGUGACGACAGAGGUGAUUGAUGUUUGUCCGCAGAAGUGAGUGGAAAUUCAGAGAUGGUUACUGAGAAAAAUGCGGAAGCUCUGAGACAGGAACUCUGUGGACCAUUUCGUAAAUAACAACGAUUUUUUUUUGUUUGUUUUUUAAUCUAACUGGACAGGCUCAACGGGGAGUCGCAUGAAGCUCUGGGUGUACUGGUCAGCUCACAGGUGCCAGUGUAAAUACCUACAGUUAGUGUGUGUACCUUCAUCUCCCUACAGUGUCUGUUCCAGCAUGACAGAAAGACAAAAUGAACGUAUUUGAGUUCUACAGUGGCUUUCUGGUCAUGAGAAUAUUAAAGAAAAGGUAACACUUUAACCCCCACUAAUUAGCAUUUAUAAGCUGCAAAUAAACAUUUAGUAAAUUGUUCAUAACACACUAUAAUGUAGUUAUAUGCAAGUAUAAUGUCAUUUUAAGUGUUUAUUAUUAAGUAUUUGUCAACAAUUAUAACUCUCAGAUGAAUAUAUACUAUAGUUUAUAUAAUUGCAGCUGUGUUAUAUUAUCAUUCACUCCCUGUUUACACCAGCAACCAGUUAUGGAUGCUUCACAAGUGGAGUUAUAGUUGAAAUACCUCAUUAAUACAUUACAUUAUAAAAUACACUUCUAAACUUACAUUACAGUGUGUUACAAUUUACUAAAUGUUUAUAUAGUGCUUAAAAAUGCUGAUGCUAAAAUUAAGUGUUACUAAAUAAAAGUUUUCUUUCUUUUUAUGACAAAAAAAACUUUAAUUAUUUUUUAAAAAUUCUUCUAAGUGCUUCUGAUAUUCGAAAAACUAUUAAAACCUUAAAAAAUA